AUGUAUUUUUGCAAAAGUAACCCUUCAUUUCUUUACAAAUCCCCUUUUUCAUUCUCAUUUUCUCUCCUUUUUUCCUCUUCCUCGACCGAAAAGAAAGUGAAAAAUGAUCUUACAGCGUAUGAUGUCCUGCUACACAAACACCAAUUUUCUCCUGAAACAGCUUCACAAGUUGCCUCUGUUUUAACCCGUAUAAAGAACCCGGAAAAAUCUGAUUCAAUAGUAUCGUUCCUCAAAGAGAGUGGUUUUUCAAAGAGUCAGUUGGAGAGAGUUGUGAAAACUAUGCCUGCUUUGCUUGCUGCAAGUCUUGAGAAAACCAUCAAGCCCAAAUUCAAGAUUUUCCAAGAUAUGGGCUUUUCUGCCGAAGACAUUGCCGAGAUUAUCUCAUACGAUCCAGAAAAUCUGCAUCGCAGUGCAGACAGUAGGCUCAGACCGUCAUUAUCGGUGUUGAAAAGAUUAUUGGGAUCUAGUGCAGAGGUAACUAAGGUUUUAAAGAUUUCUCGUUGGUACUUGAGUCGCGAUUUGGAGAAGAGUGUGGUACCCAAUAUUGAAUAUUUGAAGAGUUGUGGUGUAGGCAUGGAGCAAAUCAUAAAGAAUAUGUAUAAAUAUCCAAGGUUUCUCAUGUAUAGUCCAAAACAUAUGAAAAGCUCUGUUAAAAUGGUUGAUGAGAUGGGGACUUGUAGAAGUUCCAGAUUGUUUAUUCGUGCUGUUCAGGUAGUAGAGGUUUUACUUGCGACCGGGAAGUACGAUCUUUCAUGUAUUGUUAACAGUCCAGUAUCAUUUACUUGCAGUGUUGAAAAGAAGAUUAUACCCAGAAUGCAAGUUUUAGGGAUUUUGGAGAUAACAGUAAUGUCGAGCCUUCGAGACAAAGCUAGAAGCAUGGCUGUGGUAAACCUAAAUGUCGAUAAAUUUCACGUGGGAAUUAGCUCAGAUAGCCUCUAUGCUUGGCUACCUGAUUAUUGUAGUAUCUGA